AUGGAAAACCUAACGCCAGAACAAUGGCGCGAGAUUAUGAACAGGAAGAUGCGGUUCCCUCCGGAGCUCAUUGGUGCCAUUCAGGAGGGGAACAUAGAGAUGCUGUUUGGACUGUUGAAGACCGGUGAUGGCAUCAUCCGCCAGCUGGAUGAGUCUGAGGAUCGCCAGUGGAGGGAUGCCCUCAACCUGUCCAUCCGCCUCGGCAACGAGAGUUGCAUGGACGCCCUCCUCCACGGGGUGAAGUUUGACUUCCGGCAGAUUCAUGAGGCCCUGCUCGUCGCUGUAGACACCAACCAGCCCAGAGUGGUGAAGCGCCUGCUGGACCGCCUGGACCAGGAGAAAGGCAACAAGAUGGACGUGCACUCCUUCUCUCAGGCCAUCUUUGACCACUCUAUUGACAACUCCCAGUUUGCCCCUGGUGUGACACCUCUGACCUUAGCCUGCCAGAAAGACCUGUAUGAUAUAGUCAACAUGCUCACCCAAAAAGGUCACGUCAUCCCGUGGCCACAUAAGAUAUCCUGUGCCUGUCUGGAGUGUAGUAACGGCCGGCAGUAUGACCUGCUCAAGUUCUCCUUGUCUCGGAUCAACACCUACCGUGGCAUCGCCAGCCGCGCCUACCUGUCCAUCACCUCCGAUGAUGCCAUGCUCAGAGCUUUCGGUCUCAGCAGAGAGCUCCGCAAGCUCUCACAGAAAGAGCCAGAGUUCAAGCCUCAGUACCUGGGCCUGGAGGAGGUUUGUCAGGAGUUUGCCGUUGAAUUGCUGGGCAUGUGUCGCAACCAGAGCGAGGUGACCACCAUCCUGAACAGCUGUGGAAACGAGAGCCAGGACUCCUUAGAGCAGCAGGCCUUUGAGGAGGGAAUCCCCAACCUGUCACGUCUGCGGCUUGCUGUCAACUACAACCAGAAGCAGUUUGUGGCCCACCCAAUCUGCCAGCAGGUGCUGUCUUCUAUCUGGUGUGGGAACCUCUCCGGCUGGAGAGGCAGCAGGACGGCCUUUAAGCUGUUUGUCUCAAUAGGGAUCUUUCUCACCAUGCCUCUCCUCUGCCUCAUCUACUGGACCGCACCCAAGUCAAAGGUAGGAAAGAUACUAAAGAUUCCUGUGAUCAAGUUUCUCCUCCAUUCAGCCUCCUAUCUGUGGUUUCUCAUCACGUUACUCGGAGAAUCAAUAACAAUGGAGUUGUAUCGAGACAAAUUUGCUUCCCGGCAGCAGGACAUCCUGCACAGCUCCUUCCACAUGGUGUGGGUAGUCGGAUUCUUCUGGUAUGAGUGUAAGGAAGUGUGGAUCGAGGGGCUGCGGAGUUACUUCCUGGACUGGUGGAACUGCUUGGAUAUGAUGGUGCUCAGCAUGUACCUGGCGUCCUUUGCGUUACGUGUGCUUAUCAUGCUCAAAGGUUACUUCCUCUGCCAUGAUUAUAACGGCACAGAGGAGUGUAUCUACUUCACUCAGACUGUGCGCGAGGACUGGCAUCACGAGGACCCCCAGCUGAUUGCGGAGGUGCUGUUUGCAGUGACCAGUUUGUUGAGCUUCACACGGCUGGCGUACAUACUGCCAGCACAUGAGUCUCUGGGAACUCUGCAGAUCUCCAUAGGGAAGAUGAUUGAUGAUAUGAUGCGAUUUAUGUUUAUAUUGAUGAUCAUUGGAACAGCCUUCCUCUGUGGCAUCAACAAUGUAUAUGUUCCUUAUGUCACCUCUCCACAUCUUGGCAGGUUUAAUGAGACGUUCCGCUUCUUAUUCUGGACCAUGUUUGGCAUGGCCAACCAGGAGUACGUGGACAUGCCACAGUAUGUGGUGGCAGAGUUUGUAGGAAGGGUUCUGUACGGCAUCUUCACACUCAUCAUCGUCAUCGUCCUGCUCAACAUGCUCAUUGCCAUGAUCACCAACUCCUUUCAGAAAAUUGAGGAUGAUGCAGAUGUUGAGUGGAAAUUUGCCAGGUCGAAGCUGUACCUCAGUUACUUCAGAGAGGGCCUCACCAUGCCUGUGCCCUUCAACAUCAUACCCUCACCCAAAGCUGUCUUUUACAUCUUAAGGGGUAUCUUUAGACGAAUCUGCUGCUGCUGCUGCAAUUGUAAUUCUGAGAACAAAUAUCCCCCGAUAGACUCUAUGACCAUUGAUAAGGGAUGUGAAGACAGCCAGUUACCUUACCGGCAGCAGGUGAUCAAAGCUCUGGUGCAACGCUACAUUGAGUCAGCUUGCAGGGAGUUCGAGGAAACCAAGAGGAAAGAUAUCGGUAAUCGGAUCACUCUGCUGACCAAAACAGUCUGCAAGAUGCACAGUGAUAUGAAAGUGGUCCAGCAGCUUCUGAUGGCUGAUGGACUCCCUGCAAAUGGCGCAUUGACCAAUGAUGGCUCCUCCUUUCUGGGAAAAUACAUCACUGGUGCCAAGAACAAUUUCAUAGGUUUUAACAGCAGAGAUGACAAAAAUGAAUCACUUAAAGUGACAUUGCACCGUGAAGAGGAAGAGGUGGAUAAAGAAAAUGUCCAGUUGGAUACAAAACAGGAGUCAGACGCACUGCAGAAUCAGGUGGGCGAAUGUGGAGCAGAGGGAUCACAGCAGGUAACAGACUGUGAUGUGGUGAAAAUGGAGGAGGGCAGAGCUAAAACAGAACCAGGAGAUGAGAAGGAAACUGAGAAAAAAGAGCAGGUGGAAGCAGACACAAAUGAAAAUACUGAUACUGAAGUGAAAGAGGAGGUGGUGGCAGGGACAAGUUUUAAUCAUGUUAAAGAAAAAGCCGAGGCCACACAGGAUGAGGAAGAAAAAAGAAGGGAAGGACAGCUACUCACAGGGGCGAAGGUGGGUGAACAACACACAGAGACGCAAAAUGGCAGAAUGGAGACAAAAUGGAAUAAGGGUAGAAAUUUUGAGCAUAAUGUAGCAGAGAAGUCGGGUGUCACAAAACCUGUAGCUAACAAAAUGAUUCCCUCGCCAACAGGCAGCAGCAGCUCUCAGGACACAGGCUUUGGUUCCCAAGAAGGGGAUGGGUCGUUUGACGGGACACUAGUGAGACCGUAACCCUAGUGCUGUCCCAUUUAAAGGACCACACUUUUUUAGGGCUUUGGCUCUUUGGUAACCUUAUUCAAUAUCUGAUAAGAGGGAAAAGUUCCACAUCUUGGAAAAUAUAGUCUUGCACAUAACCACCUGUAAAACAGCAAAUAUUUAGCGUUUUUGUACAGAUUAAACAAACUAGGCAACUAUAAAGGUGCUGGUAGGAGGAUUUUUGUUACCGUUGAACAGAGCCAGUUUAGCUGUCCCCCCCCUUUUAAUUUGUGCCUAGCUAAGCUAAUCCACUGCUAGCUGCAGCUUCAUAUUUACUGCACAGACAUGAGUGGUAUCAACAGUCUCAUCUAGCUUUACGCUGGAAUGCAAACAAGGGUAUUUCCCAAAAUGUUGAACGAUUCCUUUAAUCCUAAUUACUGACUCUGUAAGAAACUUUUCAUGUAGUGAACCCUGAAAAACCUGUCACCUUCUGGCUAAUUCUUCUCCCAUUCUGUGUGAAAUGAGGACAAUUUUGGGUUUCUGACACAGAAAGCCUCGAGAGGAAGAGAGAUAUUCAUCUUUCUGAUUAAAAGUUCAUUCAAAUAAUUAAUUUUUGGCAAAUGUUUUAUUUUCUUCCCAAUCCUCUAAAAAUGUCAGAUUUAGGCAUUCAAAUAAAAUCAUUCAGCCAUAGAUCUAUUACAAAUAGUUUUCUCAUUUUUUGAGUAAAUGUUCUCAUAAUUACUGAGACAGAGAUAAUGUUGCCAAUUAAAAUGGCUAAUGGAUUUAACUCAAAAAAAAGGCAGUGUACACCUUAAAUUCAGCAUGUGGUACUACACCCGUACACCUUGAUAUGCAUAAAUGACAGUAAAAUAGGGUUACAGUGCCUUACAACUAGUAAACACACAAUAACGACAAAAUAUUGGGGGGAUUUUAUUGAAGAAGAAGAUCCCCAGGGGGGGAAAUUAAAUGUUUUCACUCUGUUGGAGUUACACAUUACACACAGGCCCGGAAAUACACACACAUUCACCAACAGGAACUAUACAUGCAUUAAUGGAGAGUUGAAGCAAGUGCCUCAUGUUGUACUGCUGCUUCGUGCUCAUUGUCCCUCUACUCACUGCCAUUUUCAAACUUCACUUGUUAAUAGCAAAGAGCCUGUGUUAGCCAUCGUGGUUUCUCUUAACAUUCAAGUAUCAGAAGAAAGUAGCCUUGUGUUCAGUUAACGUUUUGCACAAUAGAUAAUUUGCAACACAAUUAAAACAUUUGAAAUCACA